GAGACGAUAAGAUUAACCUUUGGACUACUGUUGAGAAAAGACGGCAGCAGUGCACUGAUACCAGACAACUAACACCUACAAAGUUUGAGGGAAAUAAGUAAUCUGCAGAGAUCUGUUCAGAGGAGAGAGGUUUUUACGUUCUGUCGAGAUCGUUUUUUUCUGCGUUUUAAAGUGAAGAUGGCUUCCAUGCCAGAGGAGGACCUCACCUGUUCGAUCUGCUACGACAUUUUCACAGAUCCUGUUGUUCUGACGUGCAGCCACAGCUUCUGUAAACCUUGUCUGCAGGACUGGUGGAGAGGGAGCGAUCUACAGGAGUGUCCGGUUUGUAAGAGAAGAUCAUCGAGAAGUGAUCCGCCUCGUAACCUGGCUUUGAAAAACCUGUGUGAGACCUUUGACAUGACGAGGCACCAGAGAGCAGACUCCGAGGAUCUCUGCAGUCUGCACUCUGAGAAACUCAAACUCUUCUGUCUGGACCAUCAGCAGCCCGUGUGUGUCAUCUGUUUGCAUUCAGAAACACACACUGGACACAGAUUCAAACCUGUCGAUGAAGCUGCAAAAGCACACAAAGGGAAGAUUCAGGAAUAUAUGAGGCCUUUACAGGAUAAACUGGAGAUUUUUGAACAAGUUAAAGAUAAUUGUGAACAAACAGGAGAACACAUUAAAGUCCAGGCCAGACGCUUAAAGUGGCAGAUUAAGGAGCAUUUUAAGAAAAUUCACCAGUUUCUACAAGAGGAAGAGGACGUCAGGAUCAUUUCUCUGAUGCUAGAAAAGGAGCUGAAGAGUCAGCGAGUUAAGAUGAAGAUCGAGGCUCUGAACAGAGAGAUAGCAGCUCUGUCAGACACAAUCAGAGUCACAGAAGACGAGCUGAGAGCUGAUGACGUCUCAUUCCUGAAAAACUACAAGGCUGCAGUGAACAGAGUCCAGCAGCGCACCCUGCUGGAGGAUCCACAGCAGGUCUCAGGAGCUCUGAUCGACGAGGCCAAACACCUGGGCAACCUGAGCUUCAACAUCUGGAACAAGAUGAAAGAGUUUGUCUCCUACACUCCUGUGAUUCUGGAUCCAAACACUGCUCAUCCAGAACUCCUCCUGUCUAAAGAUCUGACCGGUGUGAAACGUGCAGACGAACGAAAACGUCCAAACAACCCAGAGAGAUUUGAAUGCCUACCCAUCGUCCUGGGCUCUCAAGCCUUUGAGUCCGGGACUCACAGCUGGAGUGUCGAGGUUGGGGACAGUAGAAGCUGGUCCCUGGGAGUAGCAGCAAAGUCUGUCGAGAGGAAAAGCAAAAUGAAGUCUAAACGAUGGGCAAUAGAAUUCUAUUAUGGUGACUGUCAAGCCAUCUCCCCGUCAGCCCGACCAAUUGUUCUCUCAGUGAAGAAGAAGCUUCAUCAGAUCAGAGUGGACCUGGACUGUAACAGAGGAGAACUGUCCUUCACUGAUCUCAGAACUGACACACACAUACACACCUUCACACACACCUGCACUGAGAAGAUGUUUCCAUACAUUGGCAACGGAGGUGAAUGCCCAAUCGAGAUUUUACCAAACGUGGAUACUGAUGAUGAUGAUGAGGAGGAUGAAGACUGUGAUUAUGACGAUGACGACAUUGAUGAGGAGGAAGAUGAUGAUUAGGGAGUGCUCAAGGGGUGUUUGUCAGAUUUGGUUUUAUUUGUGAUGUCUGUGAUUGAAUGUCUGAUGAGCCACUGAUGCACAUCGUUUGGAUGAAGGACAUAAAACAUGUCUGACACACGGAGUCUCUACAGCAUGACGUCAUCGAGACUUUUCCUUUGCUUCCUCAUCCUUAUGAUGUCACCACAUCGUCAUUACCGGAUUGGUCAUCCCACACUUGAGUGUCUUUGAGAACACACAAAUACACACACAAGUGAGAAAUGUCAUUGAUCUAUAUUUAGCUGUUUACCUCAGAAUGAUAAAUCACUUUCAGGUACA